CGAUGCCGCCCUUGUAAAGCUGCAAUGCGACUCUACAGCUCUACAGUGCAGUUGGAGUUGCAUUCGCAGCAGACCUUCCGAUGGUUGGAGUGGAUCUGCAGGCCAACAGAGCUCUUCCCGUCCAAUGACAUCACAAGGAGCCCUCCUCGGAUGGAGCUUUUCUAUGACCACGUUGUUGGUUUGCAGAGUCAGCAUCAGCCGAAAAAAAUCAACACUCUGAGACGUUUAUCGGAUCAGGGUCCACGAAGAAACUCUGCUCGACCUACUCCUUACACUCACUCUAUGUACUCAACUCUAUCCGUAAUGUGCGGAUACGAGCACACAGCUCCCGUGCUCUUGCAGUGAUGCCCCAUCCAUCGCCAGGAACACCCGCUGGUCCCUUUCGUUUUGGGUGAGACCUGCACCACGCCUGUGAUUGCUUUUCACGAAUAGGGCCAGAUCACCUUCAAUCACUGUACUCCUUUGCUAAACCUUCUCUCCUGCUGACCCACAUCUUCACUUUGACUCUCGAGUGAGAGAUAUCCCACUAAUCGUUCCGCUCUCUUGUCUUGUCUUGUCUUGUCUUGUCUCGACACUACUGUGCAGUCUCAAGGGAGUCAAGAUAUGGGGAAACCAAAAAGACCUUUCGGACGGGUCAUGUUUCGCCCAAGAGGUAACACAUCCAGGCACGCUCAGGAACAUGAACCUUCUGAUGGUCUUGGCUUGGGUCCCCUCGACUCGACACGGAGUAGCAGUAGCCCUGUCUCACUUGAUGGCCUUUCUGAGCGACAUUUCCACUCUCUCCCAUUCCAGGCCCUGAUCAUUCCUAGAGAUGAUAUCCAUAACUGUCGGAGGCAAGACAGCUAACAGUUUCUGAAUGAGAAGAGACCGACCGAGACGAUAUGGACGUACAUCCGUACAUCCUUACACUAGAUCUGGGGCACCCACACAAUUACCUCAGAAGAGGCUCCCACGCUCUGGGCGUGGCUUACCCAUAUCUACCUUGACAUUGACAUUGACAGGUAGGCCCUGUCCUGUGGCACAUGUGCGAGAUGGGAUUAUGGAGAUGGACAUGGACAUGGAGGGCUGGCGUCAGUCAGUCCAGUCAGUGACGCCUUUUCUCACCCCGGAGGUUAUGUUCAUGCAACUCAUGCAGGGACCGAUAUAGUCACUCAACUUACCUCGAGUCUUUCAGGUAAUGGGAGAGUUGGCGCCGAUGCAUCACACACCCACACCCUUUUUCUUUUCCCUGGGAUCCGCAGCAUGGUCAUGGUUAGGCGGCUGCAGGGGUGUCCGUAAAGUUGUGGAUUCGAGUGAGGAACCGCCCCAGAGUCAGGGACGUGGUCUAAUGACACGCCCCCAUCCCAGUCUAUACUGCACCCCCCAUAUACCGACCCUUGGUUCAAGCAUAUUUCUCGACUGCCAUUAUACGUGCCUUUGUUCUGGUUCUUCACUUUGUCACUAUUCUCCGAGUCCUGCAUUACUCAAUGCCAGCGUAGUAUUUCUUCUCCUUUCACUUUCAUAAACUCAACUUCUCGGAUCAAGUUCCACGUCUGUAUUGGUCUCUUCUCUUGCUGCUGUACAACUAGCCAGCAACUAGUCCAGCUGAGGGCGUUGAGGGCUGAGCGAAACAACCCCAGGGACGCUUGAUCAUAACUGACACAAAUUCAUCCAAAACAUUGCACUCACUCUAUGCGAGCAAUAAACCCACUCGCUCAGCUGUGGAUCAAUCACGCCUCUCCCGUCGCCCUACCUGAACUGUUCCUCUUCAGAGCAAAGAUCUCGAUUCGUACUGCUCAACUUCUCUCGAUCCUUGUUCGCAUUCUUGCCCUGGGGGUGUUGGAUCAUAGCUGUGUCUCGCGGGUUCCCUACUAGCUGCACCGGCUGUGUUCAAGGAUCUACGGGUGGUUGAGUUAACAGCUUGACUGUCUCAAGACCCGCAGCUCGAUGCUGCGUACCUCAUUCCACCUCAUCUCUAUAUCUUCAAGGGCGUCCGUCCUCGAAAGAUGAAAAAACAUUCCCGAUCAGACUCACUCACCAGACAACUGAACAACUUCACUCAACUCUUGAUUAUUCUUCACAGCCUUUUGAGACCAACCUUGAACACUUUCACCCUUUAUUCGAGGUCAACUCAAGACAUAUUCACAUACAUCCCAUCCCUUACUCAUCUAUUCUCUCCUUAACACUUCUUCUCAUACUCAAAAUGCAGUUCGAGUCGGAUUACCGGUUCGACAUGGACGACUCCUUCAGCCUCUGCAGUCAGCCCAUGUCCUGCCCUUCCACCACCACAAGCUUCUCCUCCGCCUCAUCAGCCUACGACCCAUUCACUCCUACAUCUCGACGAUCAACACCUCAUGAAUUCGGCAACAUGGACUUUGAUGGCCCUUACAACUCUGUCUCCCACCGGGCAGAGCUGACCCCUCCCUCAUCAGCAAUGGGCAAGUUCAUGUUUGGCCCUGUCAAGCCUGAGCCUGAGCACAUCUCAUUCUCUGACUCUCUCCCCAACACUCCCAUGAAGAGAGAACAACUCGGCUUCGAGUACGAGCACAUGAUGGACAUGAACAUGGCACACCACGGAUCAAUGGGCUCAUUGACACCAUCAAACUCCUUCGGCAUGUAUUCGUACUCUCCUGAUGCUUCAAUGGGCCCCGCCUCUUUCAUGAUGACACCAACCCAGAGCAUCUCUGGCUCUGAGGCUGCCGAGACCGGCUCAUCAUGGUCUUGUGCCAACGAUAGUCCCAUCUCAUUCUUCCCUAACAGACAACUCUCAAGUGACUUUGACACUUUCGAUAUGGACCGCCACUCUCAGUCACCUCUUGGCUACCAUCUUCAUGACCCCAACUCUCCCAACCGCAUGCGUGCUCAAAGGAAGUUGAUGGUGCAUGAGAUCCAGCAGAAGAGUGCUGAACUUCAGCGAGCUCAGAUUCGAUCAUCGAGGAAGCGAUCGAUCAAGCCCGAUUCUGCUCAAGUUGAUGUUGUCCGAAGAGCCAUGUGCAAGUGUGACUACCCUGGUUGCCACAAGGCCUUCCGACGAAACGAGCAUCUCAAGCGUCACAAGCAAACUUUCCACGGUGAAGGACCUAACCGUUUCUCAUGCGAGUUCUGCGGAAAGGACCAAUUCAACCGCCAAGAUAACCUCAACAACCACCGCAAGCUACACGCACGACCCAACAGCCGCAACCGCGGAGUUGAAUUUAUCCCUGCUGCAGUCCCUGUUAUUGAGCAAGAGGAGCGAAGCAGGAAGCGAAGAGCGCCCUCAAAGUCCAAGAUUGCUGAGAAGCGGGGCUCAGAAUACUAAGCCUGUCAUUGACUGCUUGGCAUUACCUACUUUUACUUUUACUGAUGGACAUAUCUUGGCCGGGUACCUUACUUGAGAACUCCGUCAGUCGCCACUGGCGGAAUAACGAGAACAGGGAAGAGUCGAGUCCCAAGGGCGCCACUUAUAUGAGACACGCAGAACAAGACCAAGACCCGCGCACUCGCUCAACUUGAUUGGGGAGAUACACACACACAUUCAGACACACAUACCCAACAAACACAUACAUAUUUUGUCUGUCUCGUCUACACACUAUCAUAUACGGAAAAGCGGAGCUGGAAAAAGAAAGGAAUUGCAGCAUUUCUGCAGCCAGACCGUCAUAUGGUCGACGCCGCUGCAUUAGAGACUCAGGCAAGAGAGCUCUUUUGGAAAGCAAACGAAAUUACAGGAGACACGAGGGUGUAAUGGUCUGUAUGAUUACUAUGUCUGAAGAGAAGACGCGGAAAAGGAUUACCUGACUUGACAUUACUUUCACUGUUACUUUACUUGGGUGGCAUUUGCAUGAUGGAGUUGUUAUCACACAACUAGGUCCACUUCAAAGGUGCAAGGGCGUUUCUACCUUGGGGGGAGGCUUUCUACUUUACUUUGUUCUUUACUCGGUGUUGAGGAAUUUUGUUGAAUUCGUUCUUACUUUACUUUUUUUGGUUAGCUAUUCUUUUCUCUUCUAUUACCCUCCACAUUCUGGACAAAGAAUGGCUGGGACAAUAUGGUGGCGGACAUAGGAUUGAAGCAGCAGAUAAUGAAACAAGAAAUUCUGUCAAAUGAACACCUUCGUCAUGACUUUCCCCAUAUGAUCUCCUUGAAAGUGACAUAUCGAUUAGCAAUUCCUUUUUUUUUUUUUGAGCUGGCGCAGGGAACAUGGCUGAGCUGGACAUAGUGAUGCCUGUUCGUGGAGAGACAAAACAGACAAAGCUGGAGAUUGCAUUGCAUAGUGCAGGGCAAGGGUGAAAGGCAUUCACGUGUUGAUUGAUUGGCUUGAGGAUAUGUAGUUUGUGUUUAGAAGCAGAUCUUCAGGUGGUCUAUACCCAGAAAAGUAGGAAACCAAAAGAUAUCAGAUAUGACAAAGACAGCAUCCGACAGAGAAGACUUCAGCUUCGGCAG